AUCUUCCGGGCUGGUAUCACUGGCCCGGUGAUGUUCAGAUUUACAAUUUCACUGAAUGUUAUUUUUGUAACAGACUUUCAGUUGUAAUUUAUAACCAAACGCACUGUGUUAAGAGAUUGAUGUAAUAUACAGUCAGAGCUUUGGUCACAAGGAUAAAUACGCGCGACCCAGUACCGCAGCGGCUCAGACGUAGCGGUUGAGAGAAAAGAGGUAAAGCUGACUUGCUGUACAAAAGAAUCACCCCUUGCAACCUUGAGCUGCAGCAGCAGGUGAAAAUACUUACAGCGCAGAGAAGAGUACAGCGUGUCUUUUCAACACUCCAGCACUCACUUCAUUGUCAAAGAUGAAGUUGAAGGAGGAUAUGAACCCCCUGCUGCUGCAGGUUUUCCGCUCCGUGGUCUGGGUCUACUCCGUCAUCACCUUUAUACCCUGGUACUUCUUCUCCGGUGCUGGCAACAAUUUGGAACGAGCCCGCAGAAUCAAGGCACGCUCGAUUAGCGGAAACCCAGCGGGGCCUUACAGAGCCAUCAACAGCCAAGAGAAGCUGGUAGCAUGGCUGCACCCCGGGGUGGACACACUGGACAAAAUGUUUGAAUACGCUGCAAGAAGGUUUGCACAGAGGGACUGUCUGGGCACCAGAGAGGUGCUUAGCGAGGAGGAUGAGCUCCAGCCAAACGGCAAGGUCUUCAAAAAGGUGAUUCUAGGGAGAUACAACUGGCUGUCAUACGAGGACACCUACCAGACAGCAAAGUGCUUUGGUAGCGGUCUGGCAGCUCUCAGUCAGAAGCCCCAGUGCAACAUCGCCAUCUUCUGUGAGACCAGAGCGGAGUGGAUUGUGGUAGCACAGGCUUGUUUCAUGUACAAUUUCCCACUUGUGACCCUCUACGCCACUCUUGGGCCCAUGGCCAUUGCUCACGGCCUGAACGAGACUGAAGUCACACACAUCAUCACAAGCAAAGACCUACUUCAGAGCCGUCUCAAGGCUAUUCUGUGUGAUGUGCCAAGGCUGCAGUAUGUCAUUGUAGUGGACAGUAAACCCACAAGCUGGCCAGACAUCUCCAGAGGCAUCAUGGUCUACAGCAUGGAGGCUGUGAAGGAGAUGGGAUCCAAGCCUGACAAUAUCGCAGUCGACCGCAGACAGCCAGAGCCUUCAGACAUCGCCGUCAUCAUGUACACCAGCGGCUCCACAGGCAUCCCCAAGGGUGUCAUGAUCUCCCAUGGCAACCUCAUUGCUGGCAUCACAGGCAUGGCCGAGCGAAUCCCUAACCUCAAUGAGACCGACACCUACAUUGGCUACCUGCCAUUGGCCCAUGUUUUGGAGCUCAGUGCAGAGCUGGUGUGCAUCUCUCAUGGCUGUCGCAUUGGCUACUCUUCUCCUCAAACUCUAGCAGACCAGUCCACCAAGAUAAAGAAGGGCAGUAAAGGAGAUACCAGUGUGCUGAAACCUACUCUCAUGGCUGCUGUACCAGAGAUCAUGGAUCGAAUCUACAAGAAUGUAAUGACCAAAGUGGAGGAGAUGAGCAAAUUCCAGAAGACGCUUUUUGUGCUGGCCUACAACUACAAGAUGGAACAGAUCUCCAAGGGCUAUGGCACGCCUCUCUGUGACAGUUUGGUAUUCAAACGAGUGCGUGCGCUCUUGGGAGGGAACACACGGGUGCUGCUUUCAGGUGGAGCGCCGCUCUCGGCGGCCACACAGCGGUUCAUGAACAUCUGUCUGUGCUGCCCUGUGGGGCAGGGAUAUGGUCUGACGGAGACCUGUGGAGCUGGCACUAUCAGUGAGGUUUGGGACUACAGCACAGGACGAGUUGGUGCUCCACUGGUUUGUUCAGAGAUCACACUGAAGGACUGGGAGGAGGGUGGUUACUACAGUACAGACAAGCCCAACCCUCGAGGUGAAAUUUUGAUUGGUGGGCCCAAUGUAACGAUGGGCUACUACAAAAAUGAGGGCAAGAAUCUUGAGGGCUUUUAUGUGGAUGAGAAAGGCCAGAGAUGGUUUUGCACUGGAGACAUUGGAGAAUUCCACCCUGACGGAUGCCUUAAGAUCAUCGAUCGCAAGAAAGACCUGGUGAAACUGCAGGCAGGGGAAUAUGUGUCUCUAGGAAAAGUGGAGGCUGUUCUGAAGAACUGCCCACUCAUUGACAACAUCUGUGCCUAUGCCAACAGUGACCAGUCAUAUGUGAUCAGCUUCGUGGUGCCGAACCAAAAGCAGCUAAUGACACUGGCAGAGCAGAUACAAGUAAGGGGCACAGUGGAAGAGAUCUGCAACAACUCCCAGGUGGAGAAAGAGGUCCUUCGCAUCAUUACUGAGGCUGCUAUUUCAGCAAAACUGGAGCGAUUCGAGAUUCCCAAGAAGAUCCGACUGAGUGCUGAGCCCUGGACACCGGAGACUGGCUUGGUCACAGAUGCAUUCAAACUAAAACGCAAGGAGCUCAAAACACACUACCAGGAAGACAUUGAGAGGAUGUACGGUGGAAAAUAACACGUAGAUACACUCCAGACAGCACACAAACACAUACACAUACGUACUUACACACACACACACAUACAAGCAGCUCAAAACGCCACUACCGGGACUACUUAGAGUGGAGUUAUACUUUAGUUACAGGCAACGCACACACUCACACAUUCAUCGUUACAGACACACAGAGACCCGUUCAUCUCCUCCACAGCUUUCCCUGCGACCAGCUUCCAUCAAAGCAGGGGGGGGACUCUCAAAUCCAGCUUUAUGCUCUCUGUCAAGACCAAGAGGCAAAAAUGUCCCUCACAGACGACUGAGCCAGCCAGACACGCACAGUGCGACGGACGCACUAACCCACUCCUCUUUGAUGGAUUUAGCCCUUUGAGUUGCCAUGACUACCGAGGCGGCACAGGAAGUCGGACCUUUGCAUGACUCGAAGUGAAACAAAUGUCAGGCUGAACGUAUCUGAAUUUAUGACAGUGCGUCCUCUCUGUUGCUUUCCUCCCUCCACCGCUGGUCUCUGGAGCCUUCCACCAGUUCAGCUCGGUUGCUCGGACAUGUUUGGCAGAUACCUGGCAGGAACAUGGGAUAGCAUGAGCCCGACAGUGGGAUCCCUCCUGGGGGGUUUAUGUAACAUUCAGGUUGGAAUCUUUGCAGGGAUCUCUAUUGUCUUUAAUGAUUUGUUGGUCUGUUAUUGCUAUUGUUUCCUUCAUGUUUGGUUUGUCAGUUUUGAAACCCAUUUGAUGCGUAUUUUUCUGUGUGAGGAGUCGGUGUUGCAAAGCCAUGAGAGAUUGAGCUUUACAAUGUUUAUAAAUACUUUUUUCUUACGGUUAUUUUAUGGUGGUGUUAUUCAGAGGGGUAUGGUUACUCUUGUUUUUUUAUUUCCAUUUUGUGUAUGCUAAUUGUACUUUUAUGAGCUUUGUUUACAUUCUUUUUUUAUUAUUUUGUUUUUUUCUCUCCUAUUUUUGCCUGUGUCCCAAAGUUUGUACAUUUGAGUAUGUGUUUACUGACUUGACUAUUACAAGCAAUUGAGUCUUCAGCCUUUUUCUACUACCUGGCCUUUGCGGCAGAGUCAAACAUCAGUGGUAAAAGGCAUCCAUUGAGACUAUUUGAGGGUUAUUUUGUUGGUUCAUUGACAUACAUUAGCCCUGCCACAUCUGCCACAUAUUCCUCCAGCCAUGACCAAUGCACCGUAUGGAUGUCUCCAAGGGAACUCGGCCUACUGUAGAGAAUUAGUUACAAAAACUUAGACUUUCAUUUGAUUGCUGUCCCAGUUAACUUUUUUGGUGCAACCGUUCAUGUUAACCUUUUACUCUAGGUCUAGUUAGUUACUUUAAUCGUGUUCUUUUUUUCUACUUACAAUUAUGACAUAUAAAAUGAAUGUGCAAUAUUUAUACUUAAAUUUUAAAGUAUGUAAGAAGGAAAAACGCACAGACAACAGCCCUUCCAUUGUGUAUUCAUGUUUAGGCCUCCGCUUCAGUGCAGAUUGGAAGGCCUGUAGGAAACUAAAUCAUAGGCAUACAAGAAAUGGUAGAGACACUGAUAGGGAAGUUAGAUGUAGCCCAUUUUGAACGUACUGUGCUAAAUAAAAGUUUUUGAAAUAAGACUGUAUAGUGAAAAUGUAAUAUUUGGCAUUGUAGAAAUUGCAUGAUGAAAAGGGUGCGACUGUACCAAAGCACCUGAAUAUAAGAGAGAAUUGCACUCCAUUGGGAGAAAUUCUUGAUGGAUACACUCCAUGUAGUCGUGAGUAUAUAGAACAAGCUCGGUUCACUUCAGAGUGCAAGUAAUAUUUCUGUAUCUUCAGAUCGGUUUUAUGUGUAUGAUACUGUAUGUGCAAUGUAUAUAAAAGGGUCUACAGUACUACCGGAUUCUGACACCUGCCAUUUAUUAUGUAAAAUAUACAUUAGGUUCUCAGAUUGAUGGCAGUAUUCUCUGAAUAGCAUCAGUGAGUGACUUUCUUGCUUCAGUAUUUAUUUCUUCUCUUUAAGUUUAGGGACAGAAGAUUAAACCGUGUUUGGUCAGUGGUCCUUUGUCAGGUCAACAUCUUUGUUGCAGCCGCCUUUUCUGAAUGCAUCCCUGCUAUGCGUGCAAUGAAGACCUAGCAGUAAUAACUAUACAGUCAGGUACUCUAACAAUGUCCCUUAUCAGAUGCCUACUAGCUUAAUACAGGACGGUUGUUUGUCCAUACUAUCAAGACAAAGCAGAAAGUCAUUCCUCCCUGUUUUUAUAAAAAGUUCUUUCUUCCUGACAUUUUCAGUGAAAAGUCAGUAGCUUACUGUGCUGUUUUCUGCCUGGCUAGGGGUGACUAGUUGCCUUUUUUGGACACACAUAAGCUGUCUUCAGGGGUCUUAAGAAUGUGAAGCACUCCCCAUGUUCUGUUGAUGGCACAUGCAUCGUGUCCUACCAACAACUUUUCUUCUGAACUAACGACAAGGCAAAGACAGCAGGUGAUGCAAAGGCGAAUUUCACCGCUCUGUUGUUUUCACUUGCUUUGUAAAUAAGGUGAAAGGGGGAGGGGCUUGAUGAUCAAAGUUCAGCAAAACUACCAAUAACUGUACAGGUGUAAAGCCUCCUGUUAAUAUAUUUAAUAAUCUCUGUUAUUGACCAGUUCUUUGGGGGGUCUUCUUGUUUUAUGUGGUUUAAGUGGCCCUGCAAACUGAGCUACUGCAAGUGUCUCCUUCCUUUUAUUUAUUUGUGAUUUGGCCUUGGAAAAUUCUGUAAUGAAAUAAACGAGUUUGUGUUGUAA